AUGGAAGGAGAUGAGCCUCAAAGACCUGACACACUGUGCCUGAAGUAUAACACUGAGCAGCAGACUAAGCAUACACUCAUCUCCUACAAGUCCACCGUCCCCCAGGACCUGGUGCUGAGCCGCAAGGAUGAAGGAACCAUGAAGGUGAUCGACAAGGAGCAGCAGCUGGUUGGCCUAAACAUCAGUGGAGAGCAGUCCAGUCUCAAGCUCCAGGAAGGCACGCGGCCUGUCACCGCCGGGAGCAGGGUGAUUGUGGGCCAGCAGGAGGAGAGCAUCGGAAAAGAGCAGAACUUUGUGGGAGAGAUCCUGGACUCCAACUUAUGGGAUUGGGUUUUAUCGCCCAUUGACAUCAGGAACUUCUCCAUGGGUGACUUCUCCAUCCAGGGCAAUGUCAUUAGUUGGCUGAAUGCUGGAAUAGAAACCAAGGGCAAGGUCAUGACCAGGUUAUGA